AACUCAUCCCACGAGCGAUCCAGAGGAGAAUCUAGCCUUUGUGGCCGAAAUCAAAAUUCAGAUGCGAGACCAUCGUGGUCAGCAACAUUCGACUCCUUGUCAGCUUUACGACUUCGUUACGUCAAGUUGCAGCCGAUGCAUCAUGCCAUCCCCAUGCUUUUGCGAGAGUCCUCUGCCGCGACUUCAUGGGCGUGGUGCGGGUUCAGCGGCACUCAUCUUUCAUGCCUCGUCGUACGCAACAGCCGCCUGCAGCAUCGAGGAGCGUGGGCUUCCUUUCCAGCUUCUUUCCCAAACCAGAAGUGAUUACCGGGCAUGCGCUCGCCUCCUCCCUUGCGGCUUCUUGCCACUGACGAUUGAUUUGAAACCCUCCGCAAUUGCUGCGAUGCUUUUGUCAGAGUCUGUUGGUUGGUUUGAUACGAUUUGAUCGAGGAUACUCACUGACGAGGACGAUCGCGACGAGGUAUUGCAAUAUGCCCACUACCCAUUUCGCAGGCGCCCAUAG